ACAAGUGCUUGGGUAGCUUCAAAGGCUGUUGUCAUCCUUAGAAAACAUACAAAUAUGGGACCUAAAGAGUUGAGGGACAAGCUACAAGAUGACCAUAAAUGUGUAAUUCAUUAUGACACAGUUUGCAAGGGAAGACAAAUAGCUCUGAAAAAGUUAUAUGGCAGCUGGGAGGACAGCUUUCAGAUGUUGUUUAAUUGGAAGGCUGAGGUCAUGAAGAGGUCACCUGGUAGUGUCAUCGAGAUUGGCAUUCAACAGGUAGAUGAAAACGUGUAUUUCCAUAGGUUCUUUUGUGCAUUGGGGCCUUGCAUAGAGGGUUUCCGAAAUGGAUGCAGGCCAUAUCUCAGCAUAGAUUCAACAGCACUCAAUGGUAGGUGGAAUGGACAUUUAGCUGCAGCCACUGCUAUAGAUGGCCAUAACUGGAUGUAUCCAGUUGCCUUUGGAUUCAUAGAUGGUGAAACAACAGAUAAUUGGACUUGGUUCAUGACACAGUUACAUAAUGCUUUAGGUGAUAUUCCUGUACUUGCUAUUUGCACAGAUGCAUGCAAAGGCCUUGAAAAGGCAGUUAAGGAUGUGUUUCCUAAUGCUGAACAAAGAGAAUGCUUUAGACAUCUAAUGCAGAAUUUUAUAAAGAGGUGGGGUGGGGAUGCUUACUCAAAAAUGUAUCCUGCAGCAAGAGCGUACAGAGUUCAAGUGUUUCAGUAUUUCUUCAAUUCUGUUGUAGAGUCUUCCACUGAAAUAUUGCAGUGGCUGUACGAUCAUCAUAAGUUAAAGUGGAUGAGGAGUGCCUUUGACCCUGCUAUCAAAUGUGAUUAUGUUACCAACAAUCUUGCCGAAUGUUUUAAUAAUUGGAUUAAAGAUUGGAAGGACCUUCCUGUUGUUGAGCUUGCAGACAAGAUUAGAGAGAUGAUAAUGAUUUUGUGGAACAAGAGGAGAAGGAUUGCAGAAAAGCUUCAUGGGAAAAUACUACCCGCUGUCCUGCAUCAACUAAAAAUGAAGACAAGAGGAUUAGGACACUUGUAUGUUGUGAAGGCUGAUAGUUUGGUUGCUGAGGUAUGGGACAGCACCACAACUCAUAAUAGGCAUGUUGUGAAGCCAUAUUUGAAUGAGUGCACAUGUCUCGAGUGGCAACACACUGGUAAGCCUUGUCAGCAUGCUUUAGCUUUGAUUACGGCACAACAAGCUUUGGAUGUGAAAUUGGAGGAUUUUGUGCAUGAGUACUACUCAGUUCAGAGAUUCAAAAAUGCAUACUAUACAAUAAUUGAGCCAUUGCCUGACCGGACGCAUUGGCCAAAUGUGGAUUUGCCUUUUGUGGUUGGAGCACCACUAGAUAAAAAGACUGCAGGAAGGUACAGAAAACUGAGGAUCAAAGGCUUCCUAGAGGGUGGAGGCAGCAAAGGAAAAAGGGAUGCCAAGGAGACUGCCAAGGAGGUUGACAAGGAGGCUACUAAUGAGGCUGACAAGGAGGCUGACAAAUUUAAAAAGAAGAUGAUUAGAGGCAAAAGAAGGUGCAACGGAUGUGGAGAGUUGGGUCACGGUGAAACUAGCUACAAGUGCCGACUUAAUGGCACAAAGAAAAGGAAGAGAAAGCCAAGAAAGAACACCACCAAGUAUGGUGACAAAGCUAAAGUACCAAGCCAGAAAAAGCAAAAGACCAAGACAAAUAUAGAUGACAAUGGUGCAGCCCCAAAUGUACAUGAAAAUGAAGCAAAUAUAGAUGACAAUGGUGCAGCCCCAAAUGCCCAGGAAAACAUUGUUGCUGUCCGAAGUCCAUCAAAGCCAACUAAAGAGUCAAUAAUGCAAGCCAGCCCCCACAGGCUGACUAGAAGUCGACUUGCUAUGCUAAUGGGAGAAGGUGGAGGUGAGCAGGCAACCAUGCAAAAUUCACCCCCAAGAGAUCACCAGCAAAAAAGCUGAUUCCAAGGAAGUUGAAGACCAAGUGAAAUGAGAACUAAAAAUAUUUGGGCAUUCACUGUGCAUGUAUCUUUUUCGUAUGUUCUUGUUCACAUACUGUCUAUGUGA